AAGGCGAAGCAGACCCUCCCUCCCCGCCAUGCUCCUCCCCUGAGGAACUUAACCUCUCCCGCUGCUCCCGAUUCCCGAUCCACAGCGGGGCCGCCGUGCAUUGCUUGGCGUCCCAGCCGGGCGAUUAUGCUCGCGGGCCGGUGCGCCGGGGGCCCGCGGGGAGCCGAGCGGGCGGAGCGCGGGAGCCGCCGCUGAGACGGGAGAAGCAGAGGAUGGCUCAGCCCGGGCGGCAGCUGCCGGAGCGGGGAUGAGCCCCGGGCAGCAGGCGGCUGCCCCGGCACCCUCCGAGAGCCCCCGCUCCUGCAGAGCCAUGCCCCGACCCCGGCGGGCUGCGCUGCGCUCCGGGCAGCUUUGAAGUUUAGAGGAGGCGGUCGUGUUGAGAAAGGCGAGCGAUGAACUGAAGAUUAAACAUGUAUGGGAAUUAUCCUCACUUCAUUAAGUUUCCUGCGGGCUUUGGCAAUUCCCCGGUGCACGCCGGCUCCCCGUCCGUGAGCCUGUCCUCCGGCCUUUCCGCGGGGAACCCGGUGGAGGGGCCCCACGGCUACCUGGAGCCCCCCGCCGGCGCCUCGCGGGCGCUGCCGUCGCCCAUGAACGCCGUCGGCUCCGCCGUGAGCGCCCUGGGCUCGCCCUACAGGGUCAUCACCUCCUCCCUGGGCUCGCACCCCGUGGCUCUGUCCUCGGCCCCCGGCAUGAAUUUCGUGGCGCACGCCAGCCCGCAGCUCAAUGUCCUGAACAAUGUCAGCAGCUCGGAGGAUGUCAAGCCCUUGCCGGGUCUCCCGGGGAUGGGGAACAUGAAUUAUCCAUCCACAAGUCCAGGAUCCCUAGCCAAACACAUCUGUGCCAUCUGUGGGGACAGGUCCUCAGGGAAGCACUACGGGGUGUACAGCUGUGAGGGCUGCAAAGGCUUCUUCAAGAGGACGAUCCGCAAGGAUCUGAUCUACACCUGCCGGGAUAACAAGGACUGCCUCAUAGACAAGCGCCAGCGCAACCGCUGCCAGUACUGCCGCUACCAGAAGUGCCUCGCCAUGGGGAUGAAGAGGGAAGCUGUGCAGGAGGAGCGGCAGCGGAGCAGGGAGCGCAGCGAGAGCGAGGCCGAGCCCUCGAGCAGCGGCAGCGAGGACAUGCCCGUGGAGAGGAUCCUGGAGGCUGAGCUGGCCGUGGAGCCCAAAACGGAGGCGUACAGCGAUGUGGGCACGGAGAGCUCGACAAACGACCCUGUCACCAACAUCUGCCAUGCUGCUGACAAGCAGCUCUUCACGCUCGUCGAGUGGGCCAAGCGCAUCCCCCACUUCUCCGACCUGACACUGGAAGACCAAGUCAUUCUCCUCCGGGCAGGCUGGAACGAGCUGCUCAUUGCCUCUUUCUCCCAUCGCUCCGUGUCGGUCCAGGACGGGAUCCUGCUGGCCACGGGGCUGCACGUGCACCGCAGCAGUGCCCACAGUGCUGGCGUGGGCUCCAUCUUCGACAGGGUUCUGACAGAGCUGGUGUCCAAAAUGAAAGACAUGCAGAUGGAUAAGUCAGAGCUGGGGUGCCUGCGAGCCAUUGUCCUGUUUAACCCAGAUGCCAAGGGUUUGUCCAGCCCCUCAGAAGUGGAAUCCCUGAGGGAGAAGGUCUAUGCCACGCUGGAAGCCUACACGAAGCAGAAGUACCCCGAGCAGCCAGGGCGGUUUGCCAAGCUCCUCCUGCGCCUGCCGGCGCUGAGGUCCAUCGGGCUCAAGUGCCUGGAGCACCUCUUCUUCUUCAAGCUGAUUGGAGACACCCCCAUCGACACCUUCCUCAUGGAGAUGCUGGAGACACCCCUGCAGGUCACCUGAGGGUGUGGCCCUGUCUGGCUGACCCUGCCCCCCGUGCCCCUGCACAGCCUCCUGCCCCUCUGCUCUGAGCCUGGGAGAGCUCCAGAGACGUCCUUGGCCCUCCUCUCCCCCUCGGUGGGAUUGUCGUGGUUUUGUACAGCUGUAAAUCACCCCCUCGAACCCUCCCUGGCCUGUCUGGGGGGGUGUCACAGAUCCUCUACCCAGCUAACCAUCCCCCUGCCCCCCUGUACAGAUAAUUGCUUUAAAUUAUUUUUUCAUUCUCAAUAAAAGUCAACAAAACAAAACAAAUGAUGUGAGUGAGGCGCUGAUUUGAGCUAGCAGAGCAGUGUUCUCUUUGCUGCAGUCACAAGUCCAGCUUGGGAUGGGGCUGAGGGUCCCUCCUGACACCCUUGGGCAGCCCAAAUCAGGGCAGGAAUGUCACUUGGGAUAUCACUGCUUGUGCUGAUGGACACAGUCCUCUGGCUGAGAGGAGACAGGGAUUGCUUCUUGUUUCUGCUAGGGAGAGACCUAGAGAAACUUGCUGCUGUGAAUCAAAACAUUUCAUUCCACCACCUUAAAAAGAAACCCUUGGACUCUUAAAAUUCUUUGGAGUUUUAAAGUAAUAUUAAAAGUAAGUUUUUAAUGUGUGAGGGGGUGGUUGGUUGGUAUCGGCUGGUUGAUUCGGUUUUUUUUUUUUUUUUUUUUUUCUUCUUUUCUGACCUAGUCUGACCGCUGACAAAAGAACAAAAGUGUUUUAUUUUGGUGCAGGUGGACUAUUUUGGAAUGGCGCAGACCUUGUGUGCUCAUGGAUAACUUUCCAUUUUCCUGAAGCUUCAUGAGUCCUGUUCUUUUUGGUUUUUCCCCUCCGUAUUUUUGCUCUGGAUACAGGUUCACGAACCCCAAAUUUGCAAUCUCACACUUCCACGAGUGAAACUUGCAGGGAAGGAAAGAACAGGACACUCUAACAAACCAUCCUCAAAGGCCUGCCUGGUGCUUCCCCUGCUCCAGGAGCACCACUGGAGCUCCCGUUGCACCCGAGCUAACCAGAGUCAAACGAGUUAAAGACAUUAAUUUGUUCAAUAUGCGGCGCUUAUCCUGGUGGGAAAAUGUCCUCCCAGGAACCCAGCGAAACUGUCUGCAUUAUUAUUCAUAAAACAGGUGUAGUGUUAAGUGAU